AUGACCAUGUCGAAGUGCUACACGUUAGUUAUCAAACUGGGAUCCUCAUCCUUGGUAGACGAGAAAACUAAAGAGCCAAAAUUGGCUAUUAUGUCCCUAAUAGUGGAAACUGUGGUUAAAUUAAGAAGGUUAGGCCAUAAGGUUAUUAUUGUUUCCAGUGGAGGUAUUGCUGUGGGCUUAAGGACUCUGAAUUUGGAUAAGAGACCAAAACAUUUGGCUGAAGUGCAGGCUAUUGCCGCCGUGGGUCAAGGACGAUUGAUUGGAAGAUGGGACUUACUGUUUUCCCAAUUUGGUCAAAGAAUAGCACAGAUUUUAAUUACAAGGAACGAUAUUGUGGAUUGGACUCAAUAUAAGAACGCUCAAAAUACUAUUAAUGAGUUGUUGAAGAUGGGUGUCGUUCCUAUUGUUAAUGAAAAUGAUACAUUAUCUAUCAGCGAAAUUAAGUUUGGUGAUAAUGAUACUUUGUCUGCCAUCACUUCUGCAUUGGUAGGUGCGGAUUAUUUGUUCCUUCUUACCGAUGUAGACUGUCUUUACACGGAUAAUCCUAGAACAAAUCCAGAGGCCAAGCCAAUCCUCGUGGUUCCAGAUUUAGCUAAGGGUUUGCCAGGUGUCAAUACAUCUAGUGGUUCCGGGUCUGAUGUCGGUACAGGUGGUAUGGAAACAAAAUUAAUUGCUGCUGAUUUGGCUACUAAUGCUGGUGUGCAUACUAUCAUUAUGAAAAGUGAUAUUCCAGGAAAUAUUUUAAAAAUAGUGGAGUAUAUGCAAGCUCAAGACCUGGAUACAAAUAAGAAACAGAAAUAUCAAGGCGAUUUAAGCAGUUUACAGGAUAAAGAGUUAGCCACCCUACAAAGCUUACACGUUCCAUUGCAUACAACCUUCAUUGCUAAUGAUAAUUUGCAUCAUUUAAAAAAUAGAGAAUUUUGGAUCUUACAUGGGUUGGUUACACGAGGGUCGGUUAUUAUUGAUCAAGGGGCCUAUAAUGCAUUGACACGUAAGAAUAAAGCUGGUUUAUUACCAGUAGGUAUCAUUGACAUUGAGGGUACCUUCCAUGAAUUGGAAUGUGUAGACCUUAAAUUAGGGAAAAGGUUACCAAACGGUGAACUAGAUCCAAACACUCCCCUUCAAACUGUUGGGAGAGCAAGAUGUAACUAUACUAGUCUGGAAUUAAGUAGGAUCAAGGGUUUGCAAAGUGAACAAAUUGAAGAAGAAUUAGGUUAUGCGGACAGUGAGUAUGCUGCCCACAGAGAAAAUUUAGCCUUUCCUCCUCAUUAA